GAAAGAAACAUUUAUUGUACUAAUUAGUUACUGCCAAACAGACGAUUUGAAGCUCACUGAUAAAAUCAAACAUGGAAUUGUCAGAGGACACUGCAAUGGUACCUUGCCCAGAUCCAUAUCGCCCACUUCAUCUGGAGCCCUUGACCUGGAUUGAUCAAUUGUUUGUCUACAAAGAACCUCAUCCGGAUGAAUGUUUUGACGAAGUCUGCUGUGGAAUAAAGCCUGACAACAGAUAUAAGGUGAAGGAUGACGUCGGGAAUGUUCUUUUUAGUAUUCUUGAGGACAGUGAUUAUUGUAGCAGGCAUUUCUAUCAAGGACGUUCCUUCAUAAUGAAUGUUAUUAAUGAAUCUAAUAAAGAGGUCAUCAGACUGGUGCACCCAUUUGUUUGCAGCGGCUGCAAUCAUGAGCUGGAGGUUCAGUCUCCACCAGGCUUUGCCAUCGGACAUGUUCGACAAAACUGGCAUGUUUGCCUGCCUAAAUUCACAGUUGAGAAUAAACGAGGUGAACCAGCCGUUAAGAUUGCGGGACCAUUUUUACCUCUUACCUGCUGCAUGGAUCAGAACUUUGAGCUGGUGUCUUUGAACGGGGCAGCGACAGACGGACCAUUUGGCAAGAUCUUCAAACCUUUCUCAUGCAGUGUACUAAAUACAGGUGCAGAUUUUGUGCUGAGGUUUCCAAGCAACCUGGAUGUCAAAAUGAAAGCUACACUGUUGGGGGCCUGCAUACUUAUUGACUUCAUGUAUUAUGAUAAGCCAAAACAACCGUUACUACGUCUACUAAAGUAUUUAUCUCCUGUGACUGUUUACACUCUGUUUACACUCAAGUAAACACACAUGAAGAAGAUAACAAGGUAACAUAAUUUUCCAUUUUGGAUGCGCCAACUUCAGAAAGAAGACUGAAGGAAGACAAAUGUCUGCAGACUGCUUGCCAAAUUAU